AGCUUACAAGCGUCAGUGGUAUUGGUGGAUCGUUUUGAGCUUGCGACUAAUUUCACUAUAAAUUAAAGUCUUUGGCGAAAAUUUCGCACAUAAUAUUAGUGACCAGUGACCGGCACACAUCUUGCUUAGGAGGAUUACAGCUGUGUGUGCAAGGGGUGUAUGUGUGCUGUUGGUGUGUUUGUGUGUGGGUCUGAGUGACGUAUUUCCGCCGGAAGGAACAUUGAGGUUUCAAAGAGUGCAUUUGUGUGUGAAUUUAAAUUAUUUCCGGUUUCUAAAACUGGCGGGUUCCAGUUAGAAUCUUUUAAGUGAACAUUAACAAUUAAGUGUGUGUGACUCAUCUUGUUGGAAGAACUUUCACCGGAGAAGGAUUGGCAAAAAUAAACUGUUUCGUUAAAACUCCCCAUCAAAAUCAUAAAACAAACGAUGAAACGUGUUGGAUUGCUGCUGCUGGUGACGAUCGCGAUAGGAUUGACCGAGGCUAGAAUUCUACCGAAUCGAGGCAAACAGGUGAAAGCCUACGCGUACGUGCUGCCAGCCGGUGCCGAGGAGAUACGUGAUGACAUUAACCAUUCAUUUGUAUGUGCGAAUCGAACCGACGGAUUCUACGUUGACGUUGAUAAUGACUGUCAGAUUUUUCACCGCUGCCAGGACCGAGCCCGUUUCAGUUUCAUUUGUGCUGAGAAGACCGUUUUCAGCCAAAUGUAUCAAACAUGCGUGCACGAAGGCCAGCUAGGCUUCCCGUGCGAAGACUCGCCCAUGUUCUUCCCCGAGGGCGAACAGCAGCAACCUGAAGGGGCAACUACGGACGUGGAAGAGCCGGUGCCACCAAAGGCUGCGAUGCCUUCGCAGGAACUGCUUCCACCGAUGGAACCAGUGGCCGAUGGUGCAGCAAGUCAGAACGAGGACGAAGCAGAAAAGGUGGGACUGCUGAACAUGCCCGUGUUGAGCGAUAACUUUGUGCAUAACUACGAUCACCAGCAGAUGCACGACGAUACGUUCGAUCCUGUUGAGGAGAUCGACAACACGGCACAGGAGGUGAUCGAUGGACAGGUCGCUGAGGUGCAAGCUUCGGAAGUUGCUGCAGAAGAACAAGACAAUACUCAGGAAGUUGAGAUCAGCGAAGAUGAUAACAAAACCGUUGAGGAUAACGAAGAGCAGAGCACUGUACAGGAUGCUGCCGUUGAGUCGAGUGAUGUUGAAGAAAGCGACCCGGAGGUAGUUUUGCUGGAGGACAACCACGUGGACGUUCAGUCGGGAUUGCAAAACGAUGAACAAACCGUCGAAGAAAGUGAACCGGUUGUUCAGGAUGUUCAACAAGAUGAACAACCAACCGAAGCAUUGGAAGUAGAAGCUCCUCAAGACGAACAAACCCAAGAGGACGACUCCAUCAACAAGGUGCAGUCCGACGAAGAAGAGCAAAUGCCAGAAAAGGUCGACGACGCAACAGCAGUCCAAAUCGAGGAAGCAAACCCGGAAGUGACAAACGAAAUCGAAUCACAUGAUGCGACUCCCGUUUUGGACAACGAAGUGGUUUCCGAAAUUGAACUGAGCGACGCCAGUCACGAAAUCACCGACGAGAGGGUCAGCGAACCGCUAGUUUUGGCCGAAACUGCCGACAACGAGCAAACCGAAGUGACGCAAGACCAGCCGAGCGAACCCGCCGAAGAGCCGGUGGCGAGUGGGGCCGCCCUUGCCGUAGAAGGUUCCUCGGCGCGGACAGCGGACCUGCCCGAGUUUAUCGUGUCGACGGUGGCGGAUUUGCGAAAGGGAGUGCCGGCGCCACCGCUGAGGAGGAGGAAAACUUUCCUCUUCAAGGCGGACGCCAGAACGUGAGGAAUUAAACGGCGGCUAGCGCGGGCUAGAUAUAGGACAAGGAAGGCAUACACACAGCACGUUGACGUUUGCUUUUUUAGGUUAAGUUUAUUUAUUUUGCGGCCAGUUAGUGAAAAAUCGAGAAAACAAAGUCUGGAAAAUGUU